ACCUAAAACUUAUGGGCGUUACUCCCGCCAAAAUGUCCAGCUGGUCCUCGUCAUAUCCCUCUACGUUUUCUACCAAAACGACAAAGCUCUUCAACUCAGUCCACCCAGCCUACAAAAAAUGUAACUUCCUUCAGUAUACGGUCGCCUUCACUCGAUGACUCUGGCAGCUGCCUUCAACGCCUUUAAGUCCUCAAAUCUCGUCUCGUGGAAACAAACGGGCAGGCUCCAGCAAACCCUCGCUGGAUGCAUAGAGCGGGCCGGGAAGACUCUGCAUUCUGGCGAGGUUUCCACUAUUAAAAUUUGGCCGGACCUUGCCGGCCAAGGGAGGUAUUUCGAUUUCCGAUCCAAUUCGAUUCUUGCGUCCAUCGAUUUUGCCGAAGAGUCACCUCUCUGUACCACGCUUUGUAAGAAUGGGUUCAGAAUUCGAACCAUUGAGCACUUACUGUCAGCCUUGGAGGCCACUGGGGUUGACAAUUGCAGGAUUGAGAUACAGAAUUCGGACCCUGAAGAUGACAACGUGGAGGUUCCCAUUUUUGAUGGCUCGGCAAAUGAAUGGGUAAAGGCAAUUAAAGAGGUUGGGUUAAAGGUGGCCACAGAUCACUUUGGCAACAGUCGUGAAAAAAUGGCCCCUUAUGUGAUUGAACCAGUGCAUGUGUGGAGGAAUGAUUCCUUUGUAGCUGCAUUCCCUUCAGAAAAGGUUCACAUAACUUAUGGGAUCAACUUUUCUGAGGUGCAUGGCAUUGGCUGCCAGUGGUUUUCUUCAGCCUCACUGGAUGAUUAUUUCUAUAGUGAGCAGAUAGCUUCAUCAAGAACCUUCUGCAUUCAUGAGGAGGUGGAGCAAAUGCGCAAUGCUGGACUCAUAAAAGGUGGCUCCCUAGAAAAUGCCAUUGUCUGUAGUUUUGACAAAGGUUGGUUGAACCCCCCGCUGCGUUUCCCUGACGAACCUUGUCGGCAUAAGGUAUUAGAUCUUAUUGGUGACCUCUCCCUUUUUGCACAGUUUGGCAGUCAAGGGCUUCCAAUGGCACACAUAGUGGCUUACAAGGGUGGCCAUGCACUCCACGCUGAUUUCGUACGCCGGUUAUAUGGAAAGAUUUAGCAUUUGGGAAAACUUUUUCCAAACAUGUUUCUAGGUUUUAAAAAUGAACAA